AUGUCUGCAAGCCGAGCAGCAGCAUCCACGGGAAUAAUAGUCACUGCAGCAGCAACAACAACAGCAGCAACAACAGCUGCAACACCAGCAGCAGCAGCAGCGCAUGCAGCCCCAAACAAGAAAACAAAUACAACCCCGAAACAAAAGCAGCAGCAGCAGCAGCAGCAGCAGCAGCAGCAGCUAGCAGCAGAGGAUAGCAAAGACACAGCUUUCAUUUGCCUCCUCUCCCUCUGUGGACAGCAGCGGUUUGCUGCUGCUGCUGCUGCUGUCUGUAUCCUCAUCAGCGCCAGCAGCAGCAGCAGCAGCAGCAGCAGCUUUUGCAGCAGCAGGGUCCCCCGGCCCCAGCAGCAGCAGCGGCUGCCUCGGUAUGGUUCACUGCAGCAGCAACAAAAACAGCAGCAACAACAGCAGCAACAAAAACAGCAGCAACAACAGCAGCAACACCAGCAGCUGCAGCAGCAGCAGCAGCAGCAGCAGCAGCUGCAGCAGCUGCAGCAGCACCAGCAGCAGACCUGUUGGUUGUCCCUGGCGUGCCUAGAGCAAAGACACAGCUUUCAUUUGCCUCCUCUCCCUCUGUGGACAGCAGCAGCUUUUGCAGCAGCAGGGUCCCCCGGCCCCAGCAGCAGCAGCGGCUGCCUCGAUGUUGCUGCUGCUUUGCCUGCUGCUGCUGCUAGUAGUGCUCCUGGUGGGGGAUGGAUGCACCACAGGGCUGCUGCUCUUGCUGCUGCUGCUGCUCUCGCUGCUGCUGCUGUUGCUGCUGCUGCUGUUGCGGACGUUCCUGCUGCAGAUGUUGCUGCUGCUUUGCCUGCUGCUGCUCCUAGUAGUGCUCCUGGUGGGGGUUGGGUGCACCACAGGGUGGCGACGGGAUACGCAGGGGUGCGGGUAGUGGACGUCUGCUUGGGGGCUGCUGCCGAUGACCCAGUAGGGCUUUUGCUGCAGCAGGAAAGCUUCGAUCUGCUGCCCCUGUCUUACCACCUGCAGCACUGCAUGCGGCAGAUCUGCUUGGGGGCUGCUGCCGAUGACCCAGUGGCGGCGGGAUACGCAGGGGUGCGGGUAGUGGACGUCUGCUUGGGGGCUGCUGCCGAUGACCCAGGAUCGCUUCACGGAUGCAGCAGCGGAGCACGCAACAGCAGCAACAACGACAACAACAACACAAGAAGCAGCAUCAACGGCAUCAGCAUCAGCAGCAGCAGCAGACAGCAGCAGCAGCAGCAGCAGCAGCAGCAGGAGCUGCCGUUGCUAGGAGUAAAGAUUGCUGAUCUGCGUCACUACAGCAGCAACAGAAGCAGCAGCAGCAACAGCAACGAGAACCGCUGGAGCAGCAGCAGCAGCAGCAGCAGCAGCAUCAACGGACAGUACUGGCAGCAGCAGCAGCAGCAGCAGGAAUCUCUGGGGCUGCUCGGUGGCUGCGUGCAGCUGCGUCACUACAGCAGCAACAGAAGCAGUAGCAGCAACAACAACGAGAACCGCUGGAGCAGCAGCAGCAGCAGCAGCAGCAGCAGCAGCAGCAGCAUCAACGGACAGUACUGGCAGCAGCAGCAGCAGCAGCAGGAGAAUCAGCAUUUUGCUGCACAGGCAGAUGCGUGGUGGGACCCCAAUGGUCCUGCUGCAGCAUUGCAUGCAUACACCCCGGUGCGUGUAUCUCUGCUGCUGCAGCAGCUGCAGACAUUGCCCCUCUAUCAACAGAUCCUGCGGUCUCAACCGCAGCAGCAGCAGCAGCAGCAACAGCAGCAGCAGCAGCAGCAGCAGGAGCUGCCGUUGCUAGGUGUAAAAAUUGCUGAUGUAGGCUGCGGUGGGGGUCUCCUUAGUGAGGCGUUUGCUGCUGCUGGCGCCUCCGUCACCGGCAUCGACUGCAACGAGCAGCUGCUUGCUGCAGCAGAAAAAAGAAGGCAGCAACGCGAACACACUGCUGCAGUUACUGCAAUCAUCCGCUGCGCUGCUUCUGCUGCUGUUGUUGCUGCUGCUCUUGCUGCUGCUGCUGCUGCUGCUGCUGCUGCAGUCGUCGAAGGCCUCCCUGACCUGAGCGACCGGCUGCGUUACCUCGUCUCGGACGCAUCCGCUCCCCCAAAGCAGUGGGAGUUGGGGUCUUAUCAUGCUGUAGUUCUUUCGGAGGUGAUUGAGCAUAUAUGGGGGGAGGAGAAUAAAGCUGCUGCUGUUGCUGCUGCUGCAGCACGGCUGCAGCAGGGGGGCCUGCUGCUGCUGACCUCCCUCAACAGAACGCCAGAGAACUACCUCGCCUCCAUCCUCCUUGCGGAGCGUCUCUUUCAAAUCAUACCAAAGGGUACCCACGACUGGAGCAACUUCAGCACGCCCGCAGAGGUGCGGGGCUGGUGCGAGGCUGUGGGGCUGCAGCAGCUGCAUGCAUGCGGCUUCCUGUAUAACCCCGCUGCUGCUGCUGCUGCAGUCGUCGAAGGCCUCCCUGACCUGAGCGACCGGCUGCGUUACCUCGUGUCGGACGCAUCCGCUCCCCCAAAGCAGUGGGAGUUGGGGUCUUACCAUGCUGUAGUUCUUUCGGAGGUGAUUGAGCAUAUAUCUGCUGUUGCUGCUGCUGCUGCUGCUGCUGCUGGAAGAGCAGCAGCAGCAGCAACAGCUGCUGCUCCUGCUGCUGCAAAAGCAGCAGCAGCUCAUGGUGAGACUCAUGCUGAUGCUGCAGAUGCUGGCAGCAAUAUACACCGCUGCGUAACGGCUGAAGCUGCAAGAGCAGCAGCAGCAACAGCAGCAGCAGCAGCAGCAACAGCAGCAGCAGCAGCAACUCAUAGGUAUUCGGCGGCUCAUGCUGCCUGUGCAGUUAAACUGGAACUGUCUGUACACCCAAGGCGCAGGUCUGCGUACCGCAGCACGUGCAUGUGCCUGCAGCAGCAGCAACAGCAGCAACAGCAGCAGCAACAGCAGUGGCAGCAGCAGCAGCAACAGCAGUACUCGCAUGAGGCAGAAGCAGAGCACCAACAACCAAGCAGCAGCAGCAGGAGCACCAACAGCGCAGCAGCAGCAGCAGCAGCAGUAGUACUACCAGCAGGACCAGCCAAACAGCAACAGCAACAGCAGCAGCAGCAGCAGCAGCAGCAGCCGGCAGCAGCAGCAGCAACCGCAGUACUCGCAUGA